AUGAACCCUAGCCCCGUAUUUUACAAAGGAAAAGAUGAGAAUGUCAUCUUCUUCAUCUGUUCCAACAGGGUUGUAAAGAAGGAUUCGAGUAAGGAUUGCAAAUUAUUUGAUUGGGUGGAUCCUCCACUCCCUAAUCAGUGGUACAAGGACUUGCUCUUACAAUUUCACAAUGGGUGGAAUGGAGAUGUUGUAGAGCAAAUGGAAAAAGCAGUAGUAGAAGUUGUUCCAGCUCAAGUGCAAGGUGUAGGUGGUGUUGUUGCAGUGUGUGACAACCCCAAAUUUUCAUUCGGUCAAAUCCUAGAAGUCAAGCACUUCUUAUUAUGA